AAUUUUAUUUUUUAAAAUUUCAUUAAAAAUGAGAAUAAUAAUAAAAAUAUUUUUAAUUUUUUUCUUCCAAUUUUCAAAUUAUUUAAUUUUUGCUGAUGAAAAUACUGAAAAUUUCCACCAAUCCUCUUUAAUUCAUUCAGUAUACGAAUCUGUAACAAUUAAAGUAUAUCCACAAAUUUCUGGAGUUAGAGUAGAAGCACCUCUUCACACAAAUGCUUUCCACACUUACGAGUCAUCAGGUAUUUCUGUAGUAGAACCUGGACUUCCUGUUCGUGUAGUUAUUUUUGGGAUGUUUUUGGACAGAAUAGCUUUAAUUUCGUUUACAACAGAUAAUUGCUUAAAUCCUGGCAAAGAUGAAGAUGCUUACAGAAUGUGUUUAUUAGAAAAAAGGGAAGAAUUGUCUGAUGUUGAAGAAGAUUUAGUUUUGAUAGACGAAAUGCGUACAUGGAUUAGAGCUACAUCUGACCCCCCAGUUCAUUAUAUGCCCGAAGAAUUACAAGUAUUUAGAUAUAUAUUCUCUAAUUAUGUCCAUUAA